AUCGCACAAUACAACUAGAGUAUCAUUCUAUUGAAGAAGAGCAAAGAAUAACGAUCGAACAUAUCCACUUUCGGUGAAUGCUUUCAUUUCGUCUUUUCGUUCUCGCCCAUUAUAGAGGCAAAACAAAUUAUUACAAUGUGGAGGAUCAUCUGCCUUAUAACUACUUUUUUAACGUUCGGAUACGGUUUUUCUGAUCCAUCUGACAAUACGUCUGAAGCUUUUCCACUGGAAUACGAACUUGAAAUACAAGAUAGUUACACCUUCCAUUUGUUCAAAUGCGAGGAAGUGGGUAACUUUCCUCAUCCUCUCAAUUGCAAAUUGUUUUAUGAGUGUAGUUUAUACAAGCAUGGACGUUACCGUCGUUUCCUUCGUAAAUGCAAGAUAGGAUUUGUCUUUUCGACAAAUUUAGGCAAAUGUACUUAUCCUCAAGAAAGUGGGAGACCAGAAUGCAGUGGUAAAGGAAUCUUAACGACACCAUCACGGCCUACAAAACAUCCUUCAUCUAAAAUAACUAAAGUGCCCACGCAUCGAACUACUACACGCAAAAAUAAAACGCAUUUAAAAACUACUAUCUUACCGACUUUGCCACCGAAAAUAGAGUGCCUUGCGGAAGGUUUCAUGGCACAUCCUACGGAUUGUGCGAAAUAUUACGUAUGUAUUUCGCGAAUCAAUAAUACAUUUCAAGUCUUUGAAAUGAAAUGUAAACUUGGGACAAUAUGGGAUCGAGAAAAGGAAAUUUGCAGCCAUCGUUGGAAAGUACGAAACCCUCGUUGUGGCCCAUAUAUUACAGAUGAACCAACUACUAGAAGUACUGAGGAUGUUACCAAGGCUACACAGCAUUCUACACAUAAGCUAAUAACUGAAAUUCUUACGUCUACAUCGAUUCAACAAACAACAGGUUUAACUACUGGAACUGUUACUCAAACAUCAGCGCAUUCUGUAAGUACAGAAGCUACUGUAACAAUUCCACCUUCAUCGACUGAUGCAAGAACUGAUAAAAGUACUGAACCUGUUACUCAGACCACAGAAUUAACACCUAAAUCAAUGACUGAGACAAUUACACAUUCAUCAGUUAAACCAUCGACAAUCCUACCAACCAGUCCGAGUACUAAAGUCAUUACAGAAACUAGAUCGCCUUCAUCGGCUGAAUCCUCCACAGACCUAUUAGUUGGGACAAGUACUGAAUCUCUAACAGAGACUGCAGAUGUGUCAACAAGUACACCAGUAACUCAAAAAGGUUCUUCAUCGUCAGAGAAAUCAUCGACAGAUCGAGCGUCUAGCACAAAAAUUGAUCCUUCAUCGGUAGAACCAUCGACAAAAUCAUUGACAAGUACAAGUACUCCAGUUGGCACGCUAACGGCAAAGUCUUCUACACUUACAACAGUAACAGAAGCUGUAACGUCUUCAUCCAUUAAGCCAGCAACAGAUCUACUAGUUGGAACAAGUACUGAAAGUGUUACCGGAACUUCUGGGCUUUCAACGAGUACACAAGAAAAUGAGACAGUUCGUCCAUCUUCGGUUGAGCCAUCCACAGAUCUUUUGACGAGUACAAGUACUCCAGCAGGCACUGUAACAGUUGAGCAUUCUACACUUCCACCAGUAACACAAACAGUAACGUCUUCAUCCGAUAAAUCGUCUACAGAUCUACUAGUUGGAACAACUACUGAAAGUGUUAGCAAAACUUCCGGACUUUCGACGAGUACAUCAGAAAAUGAGACAGUUCGACCUUCUUCAAUUGAGCCAUCUACAGACCUAUUGACAAGUACAAAUGUACCACCUAGUACCGUUACGGCAGAGCAUACUACAAGGACAUCGGAAAAAGAAACAACAGAACAUACAACUGUUGACCCAUCCACUAAAAUAAUAGUUGUUACAAGUACCAUUAUUGUCACUGAAAAUCCACAGCAUCCGACGAAUACAACAGAGAAUGAGACAGUUUCUCCUUCGUCGGUUGAGCCAUCCACUGAUCUUUUGACGAGUACCAGUACUCCAAGAGGCUCUGUAACAGUUGAACAUUCUACACUUCCACCAGUAACACAAACAGUAACGUCCUCAUCCGUUAAAUCGUCUACAGACCUACCAGUUGGACCAACUACUGAAACCAUUACUGAAACUACUGGACUUUCGUCGAGUACACCAGAAAGUGAGACCGUUCGACCUUCUUCACGUGAGCCAUCCACCGAACUCUCGACGAGUACCAAUACUCCAAGAGGCACUGUAACAGUUGAGCAUUCUACACUUCCACCAGUAACACAAACAGUAACAUCUUCAUCGGCUGCAACAAGUACAGACCUAACAGUUGGACCAACUACUGAAACCAUUACUAAAACUACUGGACUUUCGUCGAGUACACCAGAAAGUGAGACCGUUCGACCUUCUUCACGUGAGCCAUCCACCGAACUCUCGACGAGUACCAAUACUCCAAGAGGCACUGUAACAGUUGAACAUUCUACACUUCCACAAGUAACACAAACAGCAACGUCUUCAUCCGUUAAAUCGUCUACAGACUUACUAGUUGGAACAACUACUGAAAGUGUCACCGGAACUACUGGGCUUUCGUCAAGUACAUCAGAAAAAGAAACUGUUCGUUCUUCUUCGGUUGAGCCAUCCACUGAUCUUUUAACGAGUACCAGUACUCCAAGAGGCUCUGUAACAGUUGAACAUUCUACACUUCCACCAGUAACACAAACAGUAACGUCCUCAUCCGUUAAAUCGUCUACAGACCUACCAGUUGGACCAACUACUGAAACCAUUACUGAAACUACUGGACUUUCGUCGAGUACUCCAGAAAGUGAGACCGUUCGACCUUCUUCACGUGAGCCAUCCACCGAACUCUCGACGAGUACCAAUACUCCAAGAGGCACUGUAACAGUUGAGCAUUCUACACUUCCACCAGUAACACAAACAGUAACAUCUUCAUCCGUUAAAUCGUCUACAGACUUACUAGUUGGAACAACUACUGAAAGUGUUACCGGAACUACUGGGCUUUCAUCAAGUACAUCAGAAAAAGAAACUGUUCGUCCUUCUUCGGUUGAGCCAUCCACUGAUCUUUUGACGAGUACAAGUACUCCAAGAGGCACUGUAACAGUUGAACAUUCUACACUUCCACCAGUAACACAAACAGUAACGUCCUCAUCCGUUAAAUCGUCUACAGACCUACCAGUUGGACCAACUACUGAAACCAUUACUGAAACUACUGGACUUUCGUCGAGUACUCCAGAAAGUGAGACCGUUCGACCUUCUUCACGUGAGCCAUCCACCGAACUCUCGACGAGUACCAAUACUCCAAGAGGCACUGUAACAGUUGAGCAUUCUACACUUCCACCAGUAACACAAACAGUAACAUCUUCAUCCGUUAAAUCGUCUACAGACUUACUAGUUGGAACAACUACUGAAAGUGUUACCGGAACUACUGGGCUUUCAUCAAGUACAUCAGAAAAAGAAACUGUUCGUCCUUCUUCGGUUGAGCCAUCCACUGAUCUUUUGACGAGUACAAGUACUCCAAGAGGCACUGUAACAGUUGAACAUUCUACACUUCCACAAGUAACACAAACAGUAACAUCUUCAUCGGCUGCAACAAGUACAGACCUAACAGUUGGACCAACUACUGAAACCAUUACUGAAACUACUGGACUUUCGUCGAGUACACCAGAAAGUGAGACCGUUCGACCUUCUUCACGUGAGCCAUCCACCGAACUCUCGACGAGUACCAAUACUCCAAGAGGCACUGUAACAGUUGAGCAUUCUACACUUCCACCAGUAACACAAACAGCAACGUCUUCAUCCGUUAAAUCGUCUACAGACUUACUAGUUGGAACAACUACUGAAAGUGUUACCGGAACUACUGGGCUUUCAUCAAGUACAUCAGAAAAAGAAACUGUUCGUCCUUCUUCGGUUGAGCCAUCCACCAAUCUAUUGACUAGUACAAGUACUCCAAGAGGCCCUGUAACAGUUGAGCAUUCUACACUUCCACCAGUAACACAAACAGCAACGUCUUCAUCCGUUAAAUCGUCUACAGACCUACUAGUUGGAACAACUACUGAAAGUGAUACCGGCACUUCAGUGCUUCCGACGAGUACAACAGAAAAUGAGACAGUUCGUUCUUCUUCAAUUGAGCCAUCUACAGACCUGUUGACAAGUACAAAUGUACCACCUAGUACGGUUACGGCAGAGCAUACCACAAGGACAUCGGAAAGAGAAACAACAGAACAUUCAACUGUUGAUCCAUCCACUGAAAUAAUAGUUGUUACAAGUACCAUAAUUGUCACUGAAAAUCCACAGCGUCCGACGAAUACAGCACGGAAUGAGACAGUUUCUCCUUCGUCGGUUGAGCCAUCCACCGAUCUAUUGACGAGUACGAAUACUCCAACAGGCACUGUAACAGUUGAGCAUUCUACGCUUCCACCAGUAACAGAAACAGCAACGUCUUCUUCCUUUAAAUCGUCUACAGACCUAACAGUUGGACCAACUACUGAAAGUGUUACCGGAACUACUGGGCUUUCGUCAAGUACAUCAGAAAAAGAAACUGUUCGUCCUUCUUCGGUUGAGCCAUCCACCAAUCUAUUGACUAGUACAAGUACUUCUGCAGGCACUGUAACAGUUGAACAUUCUACACUUCCCCCAGUAACACAAACAGCAACGUCUUCAUCCUUGAAACCGGCUACAGAUCUACUAGUUGGAACAACUACUGAAAGUGUUACUGAGACUUCUGGUCUUUCAAGGAGUACACCAGAAAAUGAGACCGUUCGACCUUCUUCUCUUGAGCCAUCCACCGAACUCUUGACGAGUACCAGUACUCCAAGAGACACUGUAACAGUUGAGCAUUCUACACUUCCACCAGUAACACAAACAGUAACGUCUUCAUCGGCUGCAACAAGUACAGACCUAACAGUUGGACCAACUACUGAAAGUGUUACCGGAACUACUGGGCUUUCGUCAAGUACAUCAGAAAAAGAAACUGUUCGUCCUUCUUCGGUUGAGCCAUCCACCAAUCUAUUGACUAGUACAAGUACUUCUGCAGGCACUGUAACAGUUGAACAUUCUACACUUCCCCCAGUAACACAAACAGCAACGUCUUCAUCCUUGAAACCGGCUACAGAUCUACUAGUUGGAACAACUACUGAAAGUGUUACUGAGACUUCUGGUCUUUCAAGGAGUACACCAGAAAAUGAGACCGUUCGACCUUCUUCUCUUGAGCCAUCCACCGAACUCUUGACGAGUACCAGUACUCCAAGAGACACUGUAACAGUUGAGCAUUCUACACUUCCACCAGUAACACAAACAGUAACGUCUUCAUCGGCUGCAACAAGUACAGACCUAACAGUUGGACCAACUACUGAAAGUGUUACCGGAACUACUGGGCUUUCGUCAAGUACAUCAGAAAAAGAAACUGUUCGUCCUUCUUCGGUUGAGCCAUCCACCAAUCUAUUGACUAGUACAAGUACUUCUGCAGGCACUGUAACAGUUGAACAUUCUACACUUCCCUCAGUAACACAAACAGCAACGUCUUCAUCCUUGAAACCGGCUACAGAUCUACUAGUUGGAACAACUACUGAAAGUGUUACUGAGACUUCUGGUCUUUCAAGGAGUACACCAGAAAAUGAGACCGUUCGACCUUCUUCUCUUGAGCCAUCCACCGAACUCUUGACGAGUACCAGUACUCCAAGAGACACUGUAACAGUUGAGCAUUCUACACUUCCACCAGUAACACAAACAGUAACGUCUUUAUCGGCUGCAACAAGUACAGACCUAACAGUUGGACCAACUACUGAAAGUGUUACCGGAACUACUGGGCUUUCGUCAAGUACAUCAGAAAAAGAAACUGUUCGUCCUUCUUCGGUUGAGCCAUCCACCGAUCUAUUGACUAGUACAAGUACUUCUACAAGCACUGUAACAUUUGAACAUUCUACAUUUACACCAGUAACACAAACUGUAACGUCUUCGUUAGAAACAUCGACAUAUCUAUCAACAGCUUCUAAUACAAACCCUCUUACUGAAACUGCUGAGCCGUCAACACAUUCACCAGUAACUGAUACUCGUUCGUCUUCCUCCAUUAAUUCAUCUACGGCUCCUUCUAGAAGUACUACUUCUGAGAGUGUUCCCGAAACGACAGAUCUUUCUACACAUAUAUCUUUAACCGAAUCUGUCUUUACUACAUCUCCUGAAUCUUCAACAAACUUAAUAUCUGUUUCAACUGCUGGAACCAUAUCUUCUACUAUAGAAUCUUCAACUAAUGUUAACUCCGUGAAACUGUCGUCUACUUCAGAAUCUCCUAUGGAUAAAACAGUAUGCACAACCCUUGGUUUCUUCCCGAAUCCCAAUGAUUGCUCUAAGUUCUUCAGAUGUGUCCAAGUUGACGAUGUAUUUACUAGAAUCGAUUUCGUUUGUCCCGAUGAAACUGUUUGGGAUCAAGAAUUGUUACGUUGCAAUUCUGUGUCUGUAUCACAUUCUAAUUGUAAGAAUAGUCCACCAGAUAUAGAUGAUGAACCUGAUAUGUCAGGGGACGAUAACAUGUGUCCUAUUGGAAAAUUAUCUGGUGAUCAAAUAGCACUUGUUUGUCCUACAGGAUUUCGAAAACAUCCUAAAUAUUGUAAUAUUUUCUACCAGUGCACAUCUGAGAGUAAUUUGGAUAUUAAUAUUGCCUUGUUUGCAUGUCCCGAAGGUACGAUUUACAAUCAUAAUGAAAUGCAAUGUGUUUUCGCAAGUACGGCUAAUUACCGUAUGUUUGGCUGUAAGAAUGUUCUUUUGAAUCCAAUGGCUAACUCAGUUCCUAUCUUGACCGUUCCAUCUACACAGCUUUGUCCAUCCGAAGGCUCGUUCUCAUAUCAUCCAGGUUGUUCAAAUGCAUACUUCAAAUGCAAACGCAAUCGAAAAGGCUUACUACAAGGCUAUCUCUAUAAAUGUCCUGUUGAUUACGUGUUCUCUCCGUUUUCAAGAAAUUGCGAACCAGCAAAAUAUUUUCCACUUUGUUUAAAUCCUACUCAGAAUUUUCAAACGAAUUCAUACUCUAGUGGUUUAUAUUUGACCCAUCAUAACAUCUUUUAUAUUGGAAAACAAUUAUCUUAGAUUUUUAUAAACUUAGAACGGCUUUGCACUCGCUAUUAUCGAGAGUAAUUUAUUUUUAUUGCCUAAAAUAAAGCAAUAAUUUUUAUAAGCUUUAAAAAAGAUUAUUAAAAGUUAUUAAGGAUGAGCGGAUAUCUAAAAUAAAGUGAUAUAAUAAAAAUGAAUUUAUAAACCGUAUGAUGAACAUAAUAAUCUUGUAUAAAUCUACUUCCUAAAUCGAUCUAAAACUAAAUCAAAGAAACAUUUUUUCUUUUCCAAAGUCAACAUUAAAAUUAGUAGAAUAUGAUUGUUUAUAUAAAGAACAACAAAAAUCAACAAGCUUUGAAUCUACUUCGGGAUUUUAACUUGUUAAUGUCAUCUCUGUUGUAAAACUUAGUAAGAAUUUAGCAAAUAAAUAGUAAUCUACUUA